UGGAUUCCCCCUCUUCAACGUCCACCAUCCACACCAGAAGCCUUUUGGAUGCUGCCGGGUCCCCCACAAGCCCAACAGCCCCCCAGGUACCGGUCAGCGAAUGAGGCUGGUGGCUGGUUCCUCUGAGCAGGCUGUAGAGGUGAGGGUUUUCUGCAUCUGCCCCCCAUAGCAGACACUCUUUCCAGGCUCCAAAAUCCACACAGAACCAAACGGCUUCCCGCAUCCAGGUCUGUGGCUAGGGCUUGAGGGUUGCGGAGUCUCUUUAGUCUGUCCCACACCUCCACAAGGUACGGGACAAAAUGACUCACCCAAGGGCGAUCUUUAAGCCAUAAUUCAAUAACCGAGAUCUCCUCAAGGGUCUCUGCCUUGUUCUGGGUUCCCGGUGAACCCUGAACCUCUACCAAACAGUCAAAGUAAAAAACCUGAUCAUGAAAAAAACUAAUCUCUGCUGAGUCCAUAUUGUGGUCGGGUUGUACUGUCAGGGUUGUAUGAAGUAGAUGGACCCAGGAGUGGAUAUAUUUAACAAAAAGGGUAUUUACUAUAAAAAAAAAGCACAAGGAAGUUUACACGAGGCUCAGGAGAUCAGGAGAGGGCAGGACAGGAACACAGAACAGAACAGCAACAUGGAACAUAAUCCACCAGCACCACCAGAGGAACCAGAACGAGCACAAGCACAAGAAACACUGGAGAAAAACUGGAAGCAAAACAGACAAUCCGACCGAGGACAAGGGGAAGGACAGAGGCUUAAAUACACACAGGGAAGGCAGGGGUAAUUGGCCACAGGUGCAACACAUGAGGAGUUAGAAAGACAAACACCAAGACAGGAAGUGAAGACAGAAACAACCCACAAGGAACAGAGACUACAAAAUAAAACAGGAAACAGAAAACACAGAGAAUGAAAUUAACAAACUAAACUGACAGAACAUGAGAGUGUCAACAGGAGUCGUCAAGUCAAACAUUGAAAGACCAGGAAACACAGGAACAUUAUUCUACCUUCACAAUAAAAGCAUGAGAUGUACAAUGUAAUUAUUAAAUUUGAUCUUUAUAUACAGUCACUGAUCAUCUUCAUAUACAGUCACUGAUCAUCUUCAUAUACAGUCACUGCUGCUGAUCACAAGGCCCUGCAGAGGGUGGUGAGGACAGCAGAGCGCAUCAUCGGCUGCCAUCUCCCUUCCGUGCAAGACAUCUACAACACAAGAUGCCUGAGAAAAGCACGGAAGAUCAUCAAGGACCACAGCCACCCAGGCUGUGGACUUCUCACACUGCUGCCGUCUGGCAGACGUUUCCAGAGCAUCCGAGUACGGACUACCAGACUAACAAACAGCUUCUUCCCCCCCCAGGCCAUUAGGCUUCUGAACAACCAACACUGACCCACUGAACAGUCGCCAUCACCAUGUACAUUCUUCUCCCCCAUUCAUACAACUACACUUACUUACUAAACAUAUAUGCAUAUUAUUUAAUUUUAUAUUCCUUCACCCUGUAAACUGCUGCUAGCCUUCAUUUAAAUUUAAAUUGUUGUACUAUGUUAUAUGUUAGAUGUUUUUAGAUUAAAUGUUAUAUGAUAUAUAUUAUUUAUUUUUAUGUUGUACUUCCCUUCAGGUCAUAAGAAAGCUACUGUUCGAUGACACUAAGCUAUUUGGUGCAUGUGACGAUAAACUUUGAUCUGAUUUGAUUUGAAACAUUAGAAAACAAUGUGUAGAAACUAAGAAGAGGAGGUCAACAGGAACAAAACCUCUGGGUCCAGGACCCUGGAGUUUUCUGAAGUUGUUGACAUGUUGUUGGAGAGUUUAAUGAGAUUCAUGGAGGGUGAAGCAGUCUGAUAAAAAGCCAGAGUGCAGCCCUCCACUGUCUGUGCCUCUGGAGUCUGUGAGUGAAUCUCCUACAGGCCACAGGCUCCUGAACUCCUCUCAGGGAGACUUGUUACAGGAUCUUUAUGAACGGCUGUUGUAUGAUCUGCACUUGUUACUGAUUCACUCUGUUUUUCAGAAGCCUGAUGGAUGAUGAAGUCAAUGUAACGUAUAUAACUUUCGAUGGACAUGUGGAGUUGCAGAAAUACAGACAUUUGUAUUUUGUGGUCAUGUUUGUACUAUAUAUUAUAAUAAUCUGUUGGAAUUCCACCAUUGUGUAUCUUAUUGUGAUUCAUGAAAACCUCCAUGAGCCGAUGUACAUCUUCAUUGCAGCUUUGUUAAUCAACUCUAUUCUUUACAGCACAACAAUCUACCCCAAGCUUUUGAUCGACUUCUUAUCUGAAGAACAGAUCACGACUUUCCCACUUUGUCAGUUUCAAUCUGCUGUGUAUUACACUAUGACCACGUCAGAGUUUCUAUUGUUGUCGGCCAUGGCUUAUGACAGAUAUGUGUCCAUAUGUAAACCUCUGCAAUAUUCAACCAUCAUGAGGAAGACAACUGUAAAAGUCUGUCUCUUCACAGCUUGGUUUGUUCCUGCUUGUGAACUUGGAAUAUCAGUUUUAUUGUAUAUUAAUGUAAAGAUCUGUCACUACAGUAUGCAAGGCCUCUUCUGCAACACGUCCAUUUUCAAACUUCAAUGUGUGCCCUCAGUGGCUCUGUCCAUUUAUGGAGUGUUUGUGUUAGUGAAUAUUUGUCUUCUCCCGAUGCUCUUCAUAGUUUUUACAUACAUCAGGAUACUCAUCGUCACUAACAGAAGGUUUAAAACAACGAGGACAAAAGCUCUACAGACCUGUUUACCUCACCUGCUGGUUCUUAUCAACCUUUCCGGUUUUGUUGCGUAUGACGUCAUUGUAGUUCGUUUGGAAUCAGAUAUACCAAAACUUGCCCGUUUCGUAUUGACAUUACAAAUAAUGGUGUAUCAUCCUCUUCUUAAUCCAUUUAUAUACGGACUGAAAAUGAAAGAAAUCUCCAAACACCUCAAACAUUUGUUGUUCCAGGUCGAAUCCCAUUAAAAUAUCUACACUGUGAUCUGAUGUCAGGUCUUUUACCUGCAGUGAUGAUGAGAUGUACCAGCUUCCUUAACACCAUCCAACAGCAUCUUUACAGGGAGUCAUAUUAGUGUCACUGUAUUUGUAUUGAUUCAGUUCCUAAAGGUCACAAAAUGAGCAUCAAUAUUUCAGAAGUUGUAAACUGUACGGUGUUGAAAG